CAGACAAUCUGGGAACCCAAAAUUGCAUUCAUUUCAGUGUUCCUUCAGCUGCUUCAAGUUCAACGUUUUCUGGUAUCUUCGUCAAUCGUUUUCUUUUUCCUAGCUUCCAGUAUUUAUAAUUAAUUAUUAGAGGACACAUUGAAAUUGAAUUGGAGCUGUUGUGGGACAUCAAGCACUAACAUACUACCUACCUCCUGGUUGGGCAGGCCAUCAUGAUGGCCAAACACGCAAACCUCCGGCUUAUUGCCUACUCACAAGAGAUUGUAGAUGGACAGCCAAUUUUUGUUUCUUCAAAUUGUUUUCCUAUUAAGGCUUCAAACUUUGAACCUGCUGGCCAUGCCUUCCAUUCAGCUGCCCUUAAACUUCUUGGUGUUGAAGAAGAUAAUGCAGAUGGUGAUGAUGAGAAGGUGGUUGAUGAUAAGGAAAAGAUGUAUUUUGCAUCAUCUGAUUCUUACAGCAGCAAGGGUAAAAAGAAGUCUGGUGCUGGAGACAAGCAACAAGAUCACUAUGCAUUAUUGGGUUUGGGCCAUCUAAGGUAUCUUGCUACGGAGGAUCAAAUUCGUAAAAGCUAUCGUGAAACUGCCUUGAGGUAUCAUCCUGAUAAACAGGCUGCUCUUCUGCUUGGUGAGGAGACUGAAGCUGCAAAACAGGCAAAGAAGGAUGAAAUAGAUAGUCAUUUUAAGGCAGUCCAGGAAGCAUAUGAAGUAUUGAUUGAUCCGGUGAAGAGAAGAAUAUACGAUUCCACUGAUGAGUUUGAUGAUGAAAUUCCCACUGAUUGUUCUCCACAAGACUUCUUCAAAGUUUUUGGUCCUGCUUUUAUGAGGAAUGGGCGGUGGUCCAUUAAUCAACCAGUUCCAUCUUUAGGAGAUGACAAUACUCCACUAAAAGAAGUUGAUGCAUUCUACGAUUUCUGGUAUGCAUUUAAAAGCUGGAGGGAGUUUCCUCAUGCUGAUGAAUUUGAUCUUGAACAAGCUGAAUCUCGAGACCAUAGGAGGUGGAUGGAAAGGCAGAAUGCAAAAUUGUCAGAAAAAGCAAGGAAGGAAGAGUAUGCACGGAUUCGUGCUCUUGUUGAUAAUGCUUAUAAGAGAGACCCAAGAAUAAUGAGGAGAAAGGAAGAGGAAAAAGCUGAGAAGAAGAGGAAAAAAGAGGCCAAGAUUCUGGCCAAAAAAUUACAGGAGGAAGAAGCUGCUAGAAUUGCAGAAGAGGAGAAGAGACAGAAGGAGGAGGAGGAGAGACAAGCUGCAGAAGCUGCUUUGCAGCAAAAGAAGGUGAAGGAGAAAGAGAAAAAGCUCUUGCGGAAAGAGCGAAAUCGUCUUCGAACACUUGCAGCACCUGUCUUGUCCCAGAGAACACAUGACAUGUCUGAGGAUGAUGUAGAAAGUCUUUGCCUGUCACUUGAUAUUGAGAAGUUGAGGAGUUUGUGCCAAAUGUUUGAAGGAAAGCCCAUCUCAGAGAAAGCAGAAAUUCUGAGAGAUGCUUGUGGUUCUAAAAAAGAUGCAGAUGACAAGAAACAUAGGAAAACUGAUAAAAAGGAUAGUUCUGCAAGUACUAAUGGCAGUGCCUUACUAGGCAACGCCAAUGAAAAGAAGGAAAAACCUUGGAGUAAAGAAGAGAUCGAGCUAUUGAGAAAAGCCAUGCAAAAAUAUCCUAAAGGAACUUCUCGGAGGUGGGAGGUCGUUUCAGAGUACAUUGGUACAGGAAGAUCUGUGGAAGAAAUUUUGAAGGCAACCAAAACAGUUCUCCUCCAGAAGCCUGAUUCUUCCAAAUCGUUUGAUGCGUUCCUUGAGAAAAGGAAACCCGCACCAUCAAUUGCAUCUCCGCUCUCAACCCGAGAAGAAUUAACCGGUGAAUCAGCUCCUGGAAGACCUGCUAACAAUGCUACCUUAGCAACAAAUAACUCUGAGGGGUCUCACGGCAAUAUUACUUCAGACAGCCCAAGCUCUUCUGGUUCUGCGACAGUCAAUGGAUCUUCCUCUAGUUCAGGUCAAGAUGUGUGGUCUGCUGUUCAGGAAAAAGCACUGGUCCAGGCUCUGAAAGCUUUCCCCAAAGAAACUAACCAGAGAUGGGAACGAGUUGCGGCUGCUGUUCCCGGGAAGACCGUGAAUCAGUGCAAGAAAAAAUUUGCAAUGUUGAAGGAGAACUUCAGAAGCAAGAAAAGUGCAGCUUAAGCAGCUAGAGUUGCUUAUAAUGAUUCUGAAAAAUUUGGUUUUCAGGUUCUAUACCUCAGCUAAUUUUGCCAUAGUAGCCCAUAGGGAUGUAUCCUGGUUCCUAUAAGGAAUUUUGCCAUGCUUCAUUUAGAUAUCGUAGGUAAUACAUUUGAAAGUGCUGGGGCAUCUUACAGUAGGUCUAUUUUUUAGUCAAUAAUAAGCCAUCAGCCAUCGGGAUGUAUGUACUUUUUCUGGUGCAGAAGAGAUUGAACCUGAGGAGACAUAUCCACGCAUCCGAAUCUCUUUAUGCAUAUAUGUAUUAUCACUUUGUUCUCUUUCGUUUUA